AUGUUGCUGUUAUUAUUGAUGCUCCUGCAGUGGGCAGGGUUCCAGGCUCAGAACCACAUAUACUGGCUGGAUAUUCAAAAGUCCGUGACGGUACAGGAGGGUCUGUGUGUCUAUGUGCCCUGCUCAGUCAGUUACCCCCAGGAGAAAUGGUCUACGAGUACUCCAGCUUAUGGCUACUGGAACAGAGAGACAGACCAACCCACAAAAUACCUUGUGGUGGCCACAAACACCAAUAGAAAAGUGCAGGAGGAGACCAAGGGCCGAUUCUACCUUGUGGGAGACCCCAAGAAAUACAACUGCUCCCUGCUCAUCACAGAUGCCAAGAAGACAGACAUGGGAUCAUACUUCUUUAGGGUUGAACGAGGACAAAAAGUGAAAUACAGUUAUGUAUCUUACAAGCUCUCUGUGCAUGUGGCAGCCCUGACGCAGGCACCUGACAUCCACAUCCAAGGGACCCUAGAGUCUGGUCACCCCAACAAUGUAACCUGUAAGAUGCCUUUGGCCUGUAAAAUAAACAGCUCCCUCACCUUCUCAUGGAUUGGAGUAGCAUUCAAUUCCCAGGACCACAAGACUACUUACUCCUCGGUGUUCACCCUCACUCCAGAACCACAUCACCACGGCACUCAUCUAACCUGCCAGGUGGCCUUUCCUAGAGCAGAUGUGACCACAAAGAGGACCAUCCAGCUCAAUGUGUCCUCAUGGAAAUUGUCAAGCAAUGGCUCAUCUCUUCCAAUCCUGGAGGGUGAGUCCCUGUAUCUGGUCUGUGUAGCCAGCAGCAAUCCUCCUGCCAAGCUGAGCUGGACACGGGGGAACCUUGAUUUUCAACCCUCCCAACCCUUGAACCCAGGAGUCCUGGAGCUGCCACGGGUGGCGUUAGGGGACCAUGGGCAAUACAUCUGUCAAGCUCAGAACUCACUGGGCUUCCAGAAAGGCACUCUGAUCCUCUCUGUGACGAGUAAAUCUAGGAUCUGGUCAACAGUUGCCUGGGGAGCCGGCAUCAUGGUCCUACUUGCUCUCUGCCUCGGUCUCAUCUUCUUCAUAGUGAAGCGCUACAAGAAGAAAUCUUCUGAGACAGCAGCAAGCAUGGAUGACAUCCAUCCUGUGUUGAAUACCUCUUCCCAGGCCAUAUAUGUCAACUCUUACCCCCUCUGCCAUUCCACUCUGGGUCACCUGAGUGAAUCCAGUUCAGGAAGCCCCUCGAAUUACUCAAGCUCACCCACCGCUUUCCCCAUCUCGAGAGAGGAGCCAGAGCUUCAUUACACCUCUAUCAGUUUCCAGAGGAUGAGGUCCUGGGAUGCUCCUGAACAGGAGGACGCUGACACCACUGAAUACUCCGAGAUCAAGAUCCAAAAGUGA